AUGACCGCCUCACCUUCACAUUCCUUCUCAUCCUCACCGGCAACGCCUAUCCUGCUCCUCAAGACGAAAUCUACCCCGCACGAUGGCUACGAGGAAUUCUUCUCCGCCCACGGCUACAACCCCGCCUUCGUCCCAGUCCUCGAGCACCAUUUCAACCACACGAACCUCCGCACCGUAGAGGAUCUCUUCACCUCAGGCAGUCUAAAUGCCGGCCCAGGCCGGAAAUACGGCGGGCUGAUAUUCACCAGCCAGCGCGCUGUGGAGGGGUUCGCGCGCUUGGUCACCACCGAAGUAGAUGUCUCAAUAGCGACAGACGCAUCCCGCUCCUUGAUACUGUACACCGUCGGACCCGCGACAUCCCGCUCCCUUACUACCUUACGAGACACGCAUCUGCCCCAUGCGACGAUCUACGGCUCCGACGCCGGAGACGGGCAGAAACUUGCGCUUGCGAUCCUGGAGCAUUAUAAUGCGCUGUAUGAUGGCGGAGGCACACCGCUCGUGAAGCCUCCCCUCCUCUUCCUUGUUGGCGAACAGCGCCGCGACAUCAUACCCAGGACACUCAUGGAUGAGUCACUAUCCCCCACUAAGCGGAUUCAGGUGGAUGAGCUUGUUGUGUAUGAGACGGGGGUGAUGGAGUCCUUUGAGGGUGAUUUUCGAGCUGCGGUGCGCGCCGGACAGGAGUAUGUGGCUCUGGCUGACGGGGUCGGGGAGGAGAGGGUGAUCUGGGUGAUUGUGUUCUCGCCGACGGGCUGCGAUGCGAUGCUUCGUGUUCUGGGGCUGCUUUCUACGUCUACAGACUCCUCUGGCGGAGAUACCGGUGCGCUGGUUGAUGGGAGUGCAAGCGGGAUGGAGAGGAGGAUCUUCAUUGCGACUAUCGGGCCUACGACGAGAGAUCAUCUUGUCAAGAAUUAUGGAUUCCAGCCGGAUGUUUGCGCGGACAAACCUAGUCCGGAAGGUGUUGGUGCUGGCAUUGAGGCCUUCAUGCGGCGGAGAAAGGGGGUAUGA